AUGAAGUUUGUGACUAUCUUCAUGCUGGUGACCAUCAGCAUUUGCAGUUAUUCUGCUACUGCCUUUCUCAUCAACAGUUUGCCUCUUCCUGUCAACAAAAAUUUACCAUUACCUCUGGACAAUAUUAUCCCCUCAUUUGAUCCAUUAAAGAUGCUUCUGAAGACCCUGGGCAUUUCUGUGGAGCAUCUGGUGGAAGGGCUGAGAAAAUGUGUGGAUGAGCUGGGGCCAGAGGCAUCUGAGGCUGUGAAGAAGUUGCUGGAGGCCCUAUCAUACUUGGUGUGA